AUGUAUGAGCCUCGGUACUAUGAUAGCCCCCCUGUGUACAGCCCACCCUACAGCACUAACUCCCACAGCUUGUAUCCCCCAAGGAGUGUCCAAUCCCCUCGGAGUCAGAAUGUCCCCUAUACCUACUAUGUCCCACCAGAGUCUUACUACAUGGAGGGGAAGCCUCAACACUUCUACCGCUGGUUCUCACCUCCUGGUUUUGUCAAGACCUUCCAAGGAGCCACGGUGCUCAUGUGUUUCCUCAUCUUCGCCUUAGUAGCAUCAACUUUGGUGUGGGACAUGAACAGAUUUGGGUAUGGGGGAUAUGGUGUUGUUGAUACUGGAAGUGUUGGAGGGUUGGGGUCAGGAUAUUAUGGAGGUAGCUACGGCUAUGGCGGCUCCUACAUGACGCCUCAGUCUGCCAAGGCAGCGAUGAUUUCCAUGUGCGCCAUCAACUUCCUGGUGUCACUGGGGUUCUUGGUGGCGAGUUUCUCACGGUCACGGAGCAUACGGACAUGCAGGUUUUACCUCACUGUGUUCAUCUGUGAUAUCAUCUUAGCUGUCCUUCAGGGCAUCAUUGACAUCAUCUUUGUUAUUGGUGUGAACCCGAUGUCUCAGAGCUCGCAGAGCAUGCUGUACAACCCCAUGCUCAUGAUGUGUCAGAACAUCCAGGGCAGCCCUAGCCUCAGUGGCAGCGUGGGGGCCGGUUUUCCUGGGGGGUUUCCUCUGUUCAAUCAAUACCUGCAGCACUACUGCUACAUGGACCCCGAGGAGGCAGUGGCGUUUGUGUUGGGUCUUCUGGUGGUGGUGGCUUUAUCGUUUUCUGCUUACUUCGCCUACAAAACCCGCAGCAAGAUUUGGCGCCAUGGAAAAGCUAACAUCCAUUGGGAUGAGGACGUGGCCAGGCCAUCGGAGGGGCAGGAUAUACAGGACUGGGUGAAUCAUGUUGGAGAAGUGCGCAGCACCCAGCAGGCACCGACUGUUGUUGUGUCAGAGAGAGCGGCGCCAGACCUGAGGGCGGAGAACAGCGCGGUCUCCUACGGCAAUGGAGCAGUCAGCAUCCACAGUGAGGGAAAUUACAAAACCAACAGUUUCUCUGCAAACAAGAGCAAGACACGUGGUGUUGAGCCUUUGUACCAAAACUGCAGGGCCAUAGUUUGUUCCAGCAGCUCUUCAGAUGAGAGUGACAGCAUCAGGCCUCCACCUUAUUACAUGAAGAAGGAACGGAAGAAGGACAGAGAGCCAAUGCCUGCUGCUCAGGUGAUGAUCGAGUCGCAGUAUGAAACUGGUUACACCACGGGAGACACCGGCAACGGGCUGGACCGGGACCACACAGAUUACCUCUACAGGCUGUACCCAGAGAUAACUUCAGAUGAGCAGCGCAGAAGAUACAAGAAGGAUUUUGACUCGGAUCUGUCGCGCUAUAAGAUCCUCUGCAGCGAGCUGGAUGACAUCAGCGACAAGAUGCACAAGCUGAGCCGAGAGUUGGACGCACUGGAAGAAGACUCCAUGAAGUACCAGGGUGUGGCAGAUGAGUAUAACCGACUGAAAUGCCUUAAAAGUACGCCUGAGUAUCAAGCAAAGAAGAAGCAAAGUAAGGAACUUCGGCAAAAACUUUUCCACAUCAAACAUCUGGUGAAAAUCUACGACCAAGGUUUCUGCUAGUGUACAUUAUUCAUCUGUCCAGAAAGGUGUGCUGACAAGAAUUCAUCCAGCAUUUACUGACUUUUCCUUCACUGGCUGCACAGAACUUCCCAGCUAGUGUCACUAAUACUGGUCCUACAGCCAGUCAACCUCUUUUCUGUUUUUGACAUCAAUGUUCAUGAAGCUGUAAGCACACAGCAACUCUGUGUGUGGUUUUAAACUGCAUAGGAACACGUCACUGUCAUACGUCUGUCACAAUGUCUGUCAUAUUUAAGCAUGAGACUUCAAUUUCAGUUGUAAUUUAAUUUAAAUAUAUGACAAACUAUGUAAGAAUACGCUGGUAGACGAGCAUAAUGUAAAUAAAGAAG